CUAAUGCAAUAUGCGCGACGAUAUCGAUUACGCUUAUUGGGCGGCGUUGCAGCACCACUUGAUAAUCCAAAAGACUUUAAAGGUAGAAUGUACUCUUUUAUUUCAUUGCCUGAUACCACAAAUCUGCCUGUUCAUCUUAACGGAACUUGGGCCCAAGGCUCAGAUCGUGCAAUGUUACUAAUCGAAAAAAAUGACAUACCGGACUUGGAUCAUCUGAAACUUAAUUGGAACAGGCAUAUUCUGCUAAAUUUCUUGCCAAAACUUCAUUGCAAGCUACUAUUAGAAGCUUUCAAAUUAAAAAUUAACGAUACUAUCUCAAAGUUUUGGCCUUUUCCGUCCACAAGUAAUCCAAAAUACGCAGUUGAAUACGGUUUUAAAGUGCUUAAGCAUAUGUUUCAAAAUGAAAACAUCUUGAUUAACGACGGUAGCAUUGAAAACAAUGUAAAUAACCGCGUGGAAAUUUUUUUCAAGCAUUUAUCGAUUCAACGAAUUGAAGAACUCCGCACCUUACUACUUCCAAAAUACUUUUUGGGAAUGGUGACAUCGGAUGACGAGUUAAAAUCACUAGUUCGCUUAUUUCCUAUUUGGGAACAUUACUCGAAUUCAGAUUCGGGAAAGCUUUUAAAACCAGCUUCAUGCGGAUUUCUUUUACAUAGUGGAAUACGGUGGUAUAAAACAAGAACGUCCAUAAGUUUUAUAUGUUAUUCUCCAUACGACACCAUUUCAACCUUUGUCGGUCUCAAUGUUCCCUAUCGAGACACCAAUUCGUAUACUUUCGAGGAUGUUGAAUUUCCUAGGGAAUGCAAUGAAUCUUACGUAUACUUCCUAUUUAGCGUACUUGUUGAUAAUCGAGUUGUUCAAGGAUUAAGAGAUAGACGUUGUUUUCCCAAUUCUUAUACGAAGUGUUUAAAGAAUAUAACCGAUCUAUUCGACCCUAACAACCAUGUAUUUCGGACCGUAUUUGGUGGAAACGGAAACACGGACGUCUUUCUUCAUUCCGGUCUAUUAGAACGCGCUGGGAUUUUAUCAAGUAUUGGAUUCAAUAAUACAGUGAAUCAAUCAGCAUUCAAUAAGUGCGCUGAUAAGAUCGAGGAGUUACAAAAUGAGCUGGAACCUCCAACUGACUUAAUCUAUCGAGGCUUUACAUUGGUUGAUCAUCUCUAUAAAAAUAUUAACGUUUUUAACUUAGAAAGCAUCAGAAGAGUUCCAAUUUUCCCAAUUGCUAAAAGCUUGGGUAAACCUCACGACCUAUACUAUCAUCACAAUCAAAAUUUUGGUUGCUUGAAAGACGUAAUCCUUCCUCAGUAUAGAGAUGUCGCGUGGAGUCAAAUGCCCUUGAUCGCGGAAAAUGUCAUACCGCCUCCACACGUAAUCCAAAAACAUCCAUCAUUCGGAAAACCAAAUGUUUCUACUGUAGUCAAACAUCUCCGUUUCUUGUAUCAUGUCCUCCGUAUUAAUGAUGAAUGGAAGAAUUCUUGGGCUGAAAUAUUUAAGCAUAAUGUUUUUGAGGUUUAUAAAUGGCUCGAAGAAGAAUCUUUAAAGGAGGAUAUUGGUUUGACUAUUUACAUUCGUUCAAAUGAUCCAUUAUUCCUUAAUUUUAACAUGGAUCAAGAUCCGUUUAACCGCGAUAAUUGGGUUACAGCAAAUGAUUUAGUUUUAAACCGUGAACUGGGUGAAGAGAAAUAUGUUGAUCCAAGACUUGCCAAGUAUCCUACUAUGCUCAAAAAUGCUGGUGUCAAAGAAAUAAAGCCGCCUAAUUUUGAAAUACGGAUCAGUCAACACGACCAAUCAAAUAUUAACAGACUUAGAUCAUUUGAAUUUCUAUUAGAUCAGUCAUCUCCCUUGAACGACAUCACCUUUAGCGUGAAUGGUGAGAAUAUAAAGACAAGUCGGUAUAUGCUUGCUUCAAGCUCGAAAUUCUUUCAUAGGAAAUUUACAGCAGAUCCAACUAGUCCAAUUACGAUCACUGUCGGAGAUAUUCAACCAAACUCUAUGCGCAUCUUAUUACGCUAUCUGUACAGUCAGGAUAUCGACGAUGCAAUUCAAAAUAAAAAUUCGAUUAAUAUUAGGAAUAAUAGGGUUGUGCAUGAUAUUAAUCGAUCCUCAAAUUUAUCGUUAUAUAAAGACCUGCUCAAAUUGGCGGAUGAUUAUGAGUUGGAUCAUUUGAAAGAACAGAUGGAAUUUAGGAUCUCGCGAUUAAUUAAAAUGUCUAAUGCGACAACUAUGAAAACUUUUGCAGAAACUUUGAGGGCUAAGCAGCUCAAACAAUAUUGCGAUCAUUAUAUUCGCGAUAAUAGUGGCUUGUAA